AUGUUUAAAUUGUCAGAACUCGUACGUUGGCUUGGUCUUACAGAGUUUGAAAUAUUAGUUAACUUAUGCGGAAUGCUUACUUUUACGAUCAUAUUAGCGUUUAAAAUAUCUGCAUCUUCCUCAAAUUCUGUAAUCGAUUGGUUUACAACAUUUAGUCCUUUAUUUUGUAUUGAUAUUUUUAAUGCAUACUUUUGUGUGAUCGUGGGCAUUCGAAUGUAUCUUGAUUCUGAUAACAAGCGGAAAGCACUUCAUAGAGUUAUGUGGAGUACAUACUUCUUGGUACUUAUAUCGAUAUUUAAAUAUUUAUUAUGUUUAAAAUUAUCUGGUCAAACUGGCCUUGAAUAUAGUGAAGUUUUUUCUCCAAUUUUUGUUUUACUUCAGUUGGUUGCAAUAAGAGCUUGUCAAAUACCUAAUUCAUAAAAUACUAAAUAUAAAUAACAGAAUACAA